CCUAAGGCAUAGAAUCUAGAGGCAUAGUAAUCCUCUUUAUGUGCCAUCAACUUCUAAAGAAGACAUCUCUCAACAGAUUUUAAAUGUCUUCAGGCUGCAAAGACAUUAUUCUGUAUUCAAACUGCAACUCAGUGGCAUAUCAACUGGUUCAACCGUCGUUAACUUUCAUACUAACAAGGGAAUUCCCCAAACUCUGGCAACCAUGUGCAUAACAGUUCUUCAGGUAUAUAUCCUUUGUAAUUUGCAAUCCAAAGAUUCACUGAAUCACCUUUUUCUUCUGUAAAAAGUGCCAGACUGCACCAAGAUGGUUGUAUUAAUAUGAAUUUGGCCAUCUUAGUUAUUUUUGUCCCCAAAAUAUGCUUGGUGACAGAGAACCUCAGAAAAAGAAGAAGAAAAGGAAAUUCAGAGACAAAAAUGAGGAAACUGAUGAAUAUUCAGAAGAAGAAGAAGAAGAAAUAGGAGAAGAUCCUGCACUUGAAAGUUUGAGUGCUGCCAUAAAAUAUCAGCAAGAAAAAAUGGAAGAGGAAGAGUAUCGUCUGAAAGUUGUUACUGGAGAAUAUGGAGAAAACAAUACUUCUUCUAAAAAGAAAAGAUACAAGAAAAGUAAUUAUUUUAGUGAUGAUGAGGAAGAAGUUGAAGACUAAUCAUCUCUUCUGCUAAAGAUUGUUUAUGAUGUGAUAAUAUGUAUAUAAGCCUUUUUCCCCCUUGCAUAAUAAAUAUUUUGCAUUAAAUAUAUUUUUCAAGAUCACAUUUUGUAAAUAAAUAACAAGGGUUGAUUAAUGUUUGCACGUGUACAUUUUUUUUUAAACUUAUGAUGUAAUAGAAGUUUUGCCUUAAAGGAACAGAAUAAAUUUACUCAUUCAGCUUUAUGUUGAUCACAAACAAUCGAAUGGUGACAGUGGUAUUUUUACCCAGUAUUUAUUAUUAUAUUCUCCUCAUUUGUGUUAGAAUAGUGUGAGUUGUAAAACAGUCUACUUGUGAGUUUAGUUUUUGCUGUGCAAACCGUAAUUUUUCCAUAUUUUUUCAGGAAGCAUCUUUUUUCAAUAUAGAAAGUGACAUAAUAAAACAUUUGCUACUUCCUGUUUGAAAUGUAUAAUAAUAAAAUAAGUUAUGUGUCUAUUAUGUAGUUAAUUAAUAAGAUGUGUUAACUGUAUUAAGUUUUAAAUAUGUAUAGAAAGUUUAAAUUAUUAGUUCAAUUUACUAAUUCACUUUUAACAAUAUAAAAAUUAUUCUGAUGUAUUGUUCAAGAUGGUUUAAAGCUUGUGUCUAGUUUUCUGAAAAUUUUGUUCAAUUGAAUAGUACUGAAUUAUUUACAAAAUACUCCAAGAUUUUGGUACAGAAAUUACACUUGAUAAAUAGGGGUAUGCUUAAUUAAACUUAAAAUAUUACAAAAUAACAUAAAACUUGCUAAUUAAUUUUAAGAAAUGUGUUUUGAAAAGUUUGCAUGUGAUUUAAUUUCACUGUAGUAAAAUCAAUCACUAUAGAAGCAAAGUUGUAAAUAUGUGAGAUGAAGCAACUAAUAUGAUUAUUUUAUUUAAUUUUCAUUUAUCUGCAGUGCGUAGUCUAAAUUUUUGUAUUAAAGGAUGUAAAAUUACAAGCAAAAGAAAGGAAAGAAUUACCAUGGAAUGUUAGCAGAUAAAGUCAUAUAAUUAACAUGUUAUUUAAAAAUGUAUAAUUUGAUUGCAGAGCCUGUGGGAUACCAAUGAAAGUUAAAUCAUUCCUUUCUUUUGCUUGUAAUUUUAUAUCCUUUUAUACAAAACUUUAGAUUGUGCAUUGCAGAUAACUGAAACUUAAUUAAAUAAAAAAAAUAGUUGUAAAGUGAUUGAAUUAUUAUUAUUACAUUUUGUUGUUCUGAAAUUUAAGAAUACAUUUUAUGUGUUUAAGCUGUAAUAAAAGCAAGCUGCAAAGGCUAUAAGUGUCAAAUAAUUUAACUCAUAAAAAAUAGCAGACUAUGAAUAACACGUAUUGUGCUUGCAUGCACACAUACACAUAAAAAAAGUAGAAUUAUAUAGUGUGAAAAUGAAUUUAGAUUAAACCAGUCAUUUUAAGGGGGUGAAAGAUUUAAUAAAUAUUGCAUCAUAAA